AUAUUAUAAAACAAAAGUUCCCUGCAGCAUCAUUCUGACUAUAUGAACAUGAUCAACUCAAAAACUACCCAACGGAUUUCGAUAAGGUAUGGAGAUAGUUUGAAACACUAGGAAGGACUUUUAUCCCGUAAAACCCUUUCACGUGGACGAAGUCUACCAUAGGAAAUCUACCAUACCAGUCUAAAAAUAGAUUGACCUUUUAGAAUAUCUAGGGUAGUAGCUGAUAUCGAUUAGGUUCGGUCGUCAGGGCGCAAGUACGUCACUAGUCACUACUCCAUAUUUCAUUUCAAGUUGCAAGCUAAAACGGCAGUUUUUAUUUUGUUUUCAAAUAUGUCGGUUAAAAUAUUGUAUUGUGUACUUUGUGGAUAUUCCACGUGAAGGAAGAGUUACAAACCAUUUAUGAGAGUCGCAAACGUGUGUACAAAAGUGGUUUUGUGUAUUUGAAACAGUAAACGUGGGUGCCCUUAGAAUUUUCAGUUAAACUGAUUAAUUUGAACAACCUCCACGAUGGUUACGAAAAAUGAUAUAUUUUCCCACAGAUUGAUUAUUUCAGUAUUAUGGAACAUUGCUAUGCAAAUUCUACUUGCUAUUGUGUUAGUUUGGCUAAUUCAAAUCGACUUGGUACAUCCGAUGACAUGGAUAUCUUCUACAAUCAGCUACAUUUUUAGUUGGAAAAUGUUCUUUAACAUAAUACUCCUGGGAUUGGUUUCAUUUUUCCAAGCUUAUAUAUACGGGAGUUACUACAUGACACCAAUGCCUAAAUAUUUCACCAGAUUUUCUAUGUUCAUGAAUAUAUUUUCACUGCAGAAUUUUAUAUUGAGCAUUCUGUAUGCCCUGAGCGGUUAUUUUACUAUGAGCCUAUAUUCAUCUCUGUCUAAAACCGAUAUAUUGAAGAAAAAUGUGUAACAUAUGACGGGCAGUGCCUUGUCGAGUCAGGCUUGUUCAUUCAGUUUGGUGGGAUGUGGAUGGGGUUGUACUACUUAAUGAAUGUCCACGUAUUUAAUGUGAGUACGCUGGUGUUCUCUCACAUGUACCAGGGUAAAUUCCAACAGAUGAAACUGGCCAUAAACAAUAUACUCUCUCUAGGAUUCAAGAACUCCAUACCACCUGUUAUAUAUUACUGCUUGUUCUACUAUGUUUGGGGAAAUAAGCCAAGAAGCGCUGUCUCAGAAGUGUACAAUUCAUAUCUGGAAGAUCCUCCUCUUGAUAACAUAUUCAAUUUAUUCAGAUCUGGAAUCUGGAUUUCCUUGUGGUUGUACACCAGUCUAUUUUUCAUUUCGAUGUACAUCAUGAAAAGCACAUUUAACUUUAUACUUACAGAACCUAUGAAUUUCCCCAUUGAGUCUAACACCCAUAUGACAAUAUAUGACGCAUUGUCCCAGAGAUAUCAAUUUUGUGAAUAUUUAGGGGCACAGGAUUUGAAAAUAAUGUCACUGAGUGAUCCUGCACGGAGAUUGCAAAUAUUCACACUGUCGCAACCAGGUGGACAUCCCAAGAACUGGAAUAAUUUAUUGGACCAGUGUUUGCACAUUAUUAAUGAUUUCAGUCGUCAAUUGGAUACCCUUAACCACAAUGAACAACAAGAAAUUGAGGUAUCUAAUCGGAAUAACAUUUUAAAUGCAAGACCUCAUUCUGACAGAUCCUAUGAUGGUAUAAGAAAUAUGGCCCAUUCACCAGAGUUGCUUCAUCUUAAAAAUCAUAAUAAAACCCCAGCUGAAGAUUCAUUUGCUGUUAUUAUGGAAGAUGAGUGUAAAAAUAUACUUAAUAGGAUAUGCCAAAUGCCAGGCAUAAGCUUUUUCUUUGGUGAGCUUACUGAUACAAAGUUGAAAUAUCUCCUUGUACAAGCCCAGCCUGUAGUAUGGGUAUGUGAAGGUUUGGCCUUUAUGGCAGCAGCCUCUUUAAAAGAAGAUAAAUAUGGCGUUGUACAAAACGACUUGGCAAAAGUUAUUACCGCCUUAAUUAAUCUCAAACAAAAUUUAGAAAAAUUAACAAAACCAGGUUUGAUGUCCAGGAAACAUGUGCUUAAUGAUGCAUAUGCUAUAAAAAUGAGGGCAGCACUGUUUUCUUCUGUCAAAAGGAGUAUAUAUAAAUUAGUAAUCACAUUUUCGGGAAGUAUAUGCAUGAAAUUCCAUUAGACCGAGAUGUUCAACUUGCCAUACAGCCAUAUCUGUUAUUAAAAGAAGCUUAAAGUCAUUUAUUUUAUAAUUUAUUAUCAUUUAGCAGACUAUAUUUGUAAUGUUCAGUGGUUUUAAAUUAAUUUUGUAAUUAUUUAAAAGUACAUAUAGUUUUGAUUAACAUAUUAAAAAAGAAUCAGUUUAACCAGUGCAUUUAUUUAGAACAUCAUUUGUUGCAUUUAAUAAAAUUAACCAAUUUCAUUAUUCUUUGAUAUUGAUACUUAUAAAAAAUAGAUAUUAAAGUCUAAAAUUGGUUAGCAACAUUUAACACAAUCUUUAAUAAAUAUCUUUUUUGUAAUGUUGAAAACAUACAACAUAACGGAACUGUAGUUUGAUGUCUUUUUAGAAUUAAUAUAAUUUUACUAACUGAAUAGAGACGAUAUAUUUUAAUAGUUUUAUUAUACUUUUACAAAGAAGAACAUCCCUUGUAUGUAAUGUAAAUUUAUAAAGAUCUAGUGUUUAGUAAAAAGUAAUGAGAGGCAUUAUUUUAGUGAUGCCACAAUUUAAUCUGUCCUAUCAUUACAUUAGGACAAAUCUCCAUUCUGCAAUAAAUGGUAAUAAAGUGCCAAAUACUCAAUACCUACAUAUUCAGGUACAUCUCUGAGAACAGCCAAAUUUUAACUGGUUUAUUCCUUGCAUGUAUUACCCUUAUUUUCCAUAAAAGUAUAGUUAAUGUAAUUUCCAUAUAAUGUAUAUCAUUCCUAUUUGAGAUAAGUAUUGUAAUAUGAUAUUUAUUGGUGUCCUUUUAAUCUUUUUCUAUAUAUUACACCAAAAACAUGAAGUGAAACAAGUAUUUGUGUAGUUUUUUAAAUUUUUGCACAUAAGUGGAGAUUAAUAGGCACUAAUUUUAUCAACAGACAAUAUUAAAAUGAUGAUAUUUUAUAAAUGUAUGUGAUAGCAAUAGAUAUUAGGUAGUAAUAUACAAAACAUUUAAAAAAGGACAUUUGUUGGUCCUACCAUUCUUUGGGAUGUACUGGUACAAAGCAUGGAAAAAUGGGAUCAUCCCAGAUACAUCAUGAUGAAUGGCCACCUUACAUACAUAUAACUAAUUAGGUCUAAAGUGCAGUAACUUCCAAUUCCUUGUAUCAUUAUUUUAAUAUCUACAUAUGACAAAAAACUUUUUCGAUUGUUAAUCUUGAUCUUUGUAUAUUAAUAUAAAUAAAAAUGUUUGCUCAUAAUAAUAUUUAUUAACCCAUAAUUAAGAACUAAGUCAUUUACUCUGGUUGUUAAAUGUAUAUUUAUGUAAUUUAUAUAUAGUGCGUAUAAAGUAGCUCAGUUUGUGAAUUGUUAACCUAAGAUAUUAAAUGGUUCCUUUUAAAUGUAAGUCCAACUGGAUACCUAUAGAGAGAGAAUGAUUCUGACUUGUCUGAACCCUAAGAAAAGUUGGCACCAAUAUCAAUUUUGCAAAUAGAUACCUAGUUAUUAAAUUAUUAUAUAUACCGAUGAUUAUAAGAGAACCAUAUUUUAAUAACUCAAUCUCAAACCCAUAUUGAUAUGUACUUACGUGUAGAUUAGUGUAAAAUGUAUGUGAUUCAAUAAAUUGGUGUACGAGCAUAUCA